CCAGAGUUUUGCCUGAAAAACAAGAAGAACUUGAGGUUCAUACAAAAGAUUUCGGGCAACUUGAAGAGCAGCUAGAUCUCCUGCUUCUGUGGCUCUCUCCUAUUAGGAAUCAAUUGGAAAUUUAUAGCCAAGCCAGUCAAACCGGAUCAUUGGACCUAAAGGAAAUUGAAGGAACAGUUCAAGCUAAACAACUGGAUGUGGAAAGGCUUUUGUCUAAAGGGCAGCAUUUGUAUAAGGAAAAACCAAGCACUCAGCCAGUGAAGAGGAAGUUAAAAGAGCUGAGGUCUGAGUGGGAGGCUGUAAACCAUUUACUUCGGGAGCUGAGGACAAAGCAGCCUGAUCGUGUCCCUGGACUGACCACUGUCAGAGCCUCUUCUAGUCAGACUGUUACUCUAGUGACACAGCCUGUGGUUACCAAGGAAACUGCCAUCUCCAAACUAGAAAUGCCAUCUUCUUUGCUGUUGGAGGUACCUGCUCUGGCAGACUUCAACCAAGCUUGGACAGAACUUACGGACUGGCUUUCUCUGCUUGAUCGAGUUAUAAAAUCACAGCGGGUGAUGGUGGGUGAUCUGGAAGACAUCAAUGAGAUGAUCAUCAAACAAAAGGCAACUCUACAAGAUUUGGAGCAGAAACGCCCCCAGUUGGAAGAACUCAUUACAGCUGCCCAGAAUUUGAAAAACAAAACCAGCAAUCAAGAAGCCAGAACAAUAAUAACUGAUCAAAUUGAAAGAAUUCAGAAUCAGUGGGAUGAGGUACAGGAGCAUCUUCAGAUCCGGAGACAGCAGUUGAAUGAAAUGUUAAAGGAUUCGACACAGUGGAUAGAAGCGAAGGAAAAAGUUGAACAGUUCAUAGGACAAGCCAAAUCCAAGCUUGACUCAUGGAAAGAGGUUUCUCACACGAUGGAUGAAAUCCAGAAGAAGAUCACAGAAACCAAG